CCUUCAUCGGUUGUCCUUAAGUUGUACAUCAUCCACCUUACCUCGCCAGUUCAAUAUUUUGUUCUUGUGCAUACAGAUCAAUAUGGCCGAGGCAGUAGUGAGCAAUGGAUGCAAUGAAGUUGUUCUCAACUUUAAAGAUGGAGAAAAUACUCCUUCCCCUUCUGUGUGUUUCAUGCAGAAGAUAAUAGCUGAGAUUUUUGGCACAUACUUCUUGGUUUUUGCUGGUUGUGCGGCCGUGGUGGUGAAUUCGGACAAGGACAAGGUUGUGACACUGCCUGGAAUUGCCAUAGUGUGGGGACUGGCGGUGAUGGUGAUGAUUUAUGCUGUUGGCCAUAUUUCUGGUGCUCAUUUUAAUCCUGCUGUCACCAUUGCUUUUGCUACCUGCAAGAGGCUUCCAUUGAAACAGGCACCAGCUUAUGUAGCAGGUCAAGUUCUUGGAGCGACACUGGCGGCUGGAACUCUUCGAUUGCUAUUCCAGGGGAAGCAUGACCACUUUGCUGGAACGGCACCAACUGGGUCAGACUUGCAGUCUUUUGUGAUUGAGUUCAUAAUCACAUUCUACCUGAUGUUUGUUAUAUCUGGAGUUGCAACUGAUAACAGAGCUAUUGGAGAGCUUGCAGGGCUCGCUGUCGGUGCCACUGUGCUGCUUAAUGUGAUGAUUUCAGGACCAAUAUCAGGAGCAUCAAUGAACCCUGCAAGAAGCUUGGGACCUGCCCUUGUUUCAAACCAGUAUAAGGGUAUAUGGAUUUACUUGACUUCACCCAUCCUUGGAGCCAUAGCUGGAGCUUGGAUGUACAAUACGGUGAGGUACACAGACAAGCCCUUGCGCGAGAUUACCAUGAGCGCUUCAUUCCUGAAGAGUGUAAACCGGCCCUAAGAGUUCAAUUAAGGAGUUUAAUUUACAGAAUGAAUAGGCUAAUUAACUUGUGUACACUAAAAGAUAGAUUUUGGAGGUUUUCAACUAAUUCAUGUUACUGGGGUGGAUUGACAUUUUAGCCUCUUAGGAUGUAUGUAUUCAGUCCGGUAAUGUGAAAGUAAAAUAAGUUGAACUUGUUA